AUGUUUGUGGAAGACUUGACUAUAGUCGUGGAAACGGCUAUUAUGCUAAGCUUGCGGUAUCGCUAUAUCGGAGUCAGUCUGCUCCGAGAUCCGCAAGGCGGCCCUCACAGAAUCUUGAUCGAAUUCAAGUUUGAAUACACUAAGGGAUUUCUUGGCUCCAAGGACGAGUAA